AUGGGACCAUCAUUUAGUGAACGUAUCAUGACCUAUGACCUCUCACAAACUUGGAACUCCAGCCUCUCUACCAACAAUCAAGCGAUGAACUGGAGUUACCUUUUCCUCACUGACGUGCCUGGUAACUAUUCACUAGAAGACGUGACAAGUGUGUCUACUGUAGGAGGAUUUCCCACAGUCCCACAGAGUGUCAUCGGCGUAGUCCGGAGAAGAAUCAACGAAACGGUUGUUCCUGUAGCCAUCAGUGUCGGAAUUGUAGGAAAUCUCUUACUGGUACUCGUGUUCACGUGCACACCUUUACGCACCAACGCCAUCUGCAAUUAUCUGACAGCGCUAGGAAUUUCAGAUUUCAUUUACCUUAUGUCUUGUCUAGCUGUCUGGAUUACUGGGCAGGGCAUCAACCUCCAGAACACGAUGGGCGUCUGUCAGAUCACUAUGUUUGUUCUGAUGUUGUUCCGUUUUCUCGACACAUGGUACUUAUUUGCCGCUCACGCUGAAAGGUUGGUCACGCACUUCGGAUCGUGCCGUGCUCAUAAAUGGUGCACAACGUUCCGAACCAAGUGUAUUAUUCUAGUGAUCUUCGUGUUUUCGCUGGUCGGCUUCUCACAUUAUAUGUGGGUUUACGUGGUGACAGAGUGGAAAGGCACAACCUCCUGUCUACUCAUGCAGGAGAGUAGGAAACACAUUGCGGAGUUGGGCAAAGUCGAAGUCCUCAUCGCUUCGUUUCUGCCCAUGUUACUUAUUGUCAUCAUCGAUGUUUCGCUCUUUGUCAAUAGCGUAGCCAAAUAUGGCAAGGAAUUAUUCCACUCAGACAAGAAUACGAAGACCACAGACUCUGAGUGGAGGGGCGAAUACACCCUUGCUAACGAAACGGCACCAGCAUCACCUUCUAAUCAAUGUCAAGACUCGAACCAGCCAACGCCAGAGUUUGACAUUUCCACAGAAAAUACUCGAGUAACAGUUUUAGUUAUAAUAGCAGGACUCAUCUUCAUUGGACUUACUCUGCCAUCUUCCAUCUUCCGCGCUAAGCAGUAUUUCAGCGAAUUGGCUCGUCCGUCGAACAAAGACAUGGAGAUGAUGAUCUUCGCAGAAGAGAUCGUGAAGUUCAACAGCAAGUGUUACAAAACAACAGGAGGCUUGUCACAACACAAGAAAGAAUGA